AUGAUGUUCUCCUCUUCAGGGAGUGGGAAGAAGCCCUCGCAACAGUCCAAAUUCCUAGAACUGACAUGGGGUAGUUCUUCAUCACCGUUUUGGAAACCGCCGCCCCCACGUGAGAAUGCAGCGAAAAGGACAGGUCGCGAUCCCAACCUGGUCGUUGGGGCUGCAUAUUCACAUGCAGACAUUCUGAAAUUCGACUCCCUAAACCUAUCCAACUCCUCUUCGAGACCCAAAACUCCUCCUUCCUCCCAUUCGACUAAAGGCCGACCCAGCGAUGUCUCCCCUCCCACCUCGAGGCCCUCGUCAGGGCUGUCAUCGCCACCAAUCAAGAGUUAUAUAAAUUUCCUCUCCAACACGAAUGAUGACUGGAAAGCGGAUGAGGACGAUAUGAUGGGCUACGAGGAUGACGAUGGCGAUGACUUCGGUUUGCCCAGUCUGUCCAACAUGAAAAGGCGAACACGCAAGAUGGCCGCGCAGAACAAAACAGACCCUAAUGGAAGCCUGUCGCCUAUGGUUGACUCCUUUGGGCUUGGGCUUCAUACCAGAAGAUACUCUAACAGUGCGGAUAUCGCUAUUGAAAGACCUGCACCGACAUAUCCUAUGCCAAAGAAGAGCGAGGGUAAAAUUUUGAGACCGCAAUACAAGGAGAUAUUGAGAGACCCCGCAAACGCCCUACAUCUAAUUGACCACCCUGCUCUUCCUGCUAAUGCAACGCCCAAAGAGAUUGACGCAGCUAAUUCUAGGAUAACCCGGAUCAAUAAGUUCAAAAAACUUCUGCAGGCGUCCACAAUCCCUCUGCAGGAGCUCCGGCAGCUAGCUUGGUCUGGUGUUCCUCAAGAGGUUCGCGCCAUGACCUGGCAAUUGCUACUCAGCUACUUGCCUACUAAUAGCGAGAGAAGAGUUGCAACCCUGGAGAGAAAACGAAAAGAGUACCUGGAUGGUGUCCGGCAGGCGUUUGAACGAGGUGGCACGAGCGCUGCCCCGACAGGCAAGGCGAGAGGAUUAGAUGAGGCAAUCUGGCAUCAAAUCAGCAUUGACGUUCCAAGGACAAACCCCCAUAUUGAGCUUUACUCAUAUGAGGCGACUCAAAGAUCCUUGGAGCGAAUUCUUUAUGUUUGGGCAGUUCGGCAUCCUGCCAGUGGCUAUGUACAAGGCAUCAACGACCUUGUGACGCCUUUCUGGCAAGUCUUUUUGAGUGUAUACAUCGCGGAUUCCGACAUAGAAUCCGGUAUGGACCCUGGCCAGUUGCCCAAAACCGUUUUAGAUGCCGUGGAGGCAGACUCCUUUUGGUGUUUGACCAAACUCUUGGAUGGAAUCCAAGACCACUACAUCGUGGCUCAACCAGGCAUUCAGAGGCAAGUCGCGGCCUUACGUGACCUUACAGCACGAAUUGAUGCGGGAUUGGCAAAACAUCUCGAAGCGGAGCAUGUUGAGUUUAUCCAGUUUAGUUUUCGAUGGAUGAAUUGUCUCUUAAUGCGAGAGAUAAGUGUGCGAAAUACGAUCAGGAUGUGGGACACGUACUUGGCUGAGGAGCAGGGCUUUUCAGAAUUCCAUUUAUAUGUGUGCGCUGCCUUCUUGGUGAAAUGGUCGGAUAAACUGGUUAAAAUGGAUUUUCAGGAGAUAAUGAUGUUCCUGCAGAGCCUGCCGACAAAGUCAUGGACAGAAAAGGAUAUUGAACUGCUGCUGAGUGAAGCAUUUAUUUGGCAGAGUUUAUUCAAGGGCUCGUCGGCACACCUGAGAGGACAACCAAGCCGAACGCCCUCUGCAAACAUGCAAUUGUAG